AUGGUUAGUCAACAAGAUCAAUUAAGAGAUUAUUUUCAAGAUGCACAACGUCUUUUAUUCGGUCAACAUACACGACAUCAUCUUAAACAAGCUCUUUCGUGGCAUAUUAUAUUACAACAAACUGCUUCUAUGCAUCAUGAUCAACAAACAACAAAACCAACAACUAGUAAACAUACAGAAAAAGCAGCAAAGAAAAUUGAUAAAACAGCAACAACGAAUAAUGAAUUGAAUAUAUUUAUUAUUCUAGUAUUAAUUAAUUGGUGUCAACGUGAAGCAUAUCUUCGUUUAGCUGCACAUGAAAGUCUUGGUCUACCAGGUGUUUGUCCAUGUUAUGAUAUUCUUUGUUUGGAAGGUUUAAGUCGAGCAUUAAGAAUUUUCUUACAAAAAACUGAAAUACCAAAAUUUCAUAUAUCAAAUAAAAAAUCUAUUCGAAUGAAAAUUUUACCUAAUACUCAACGUAUUCGUCCAAUUGUUGUUGGUGCAGUUCUUCGUAAUAUAACAUUUGAUACUGAUAGUUAUAAUAGUUUUAUAAAAUUACAAGAUAAACUUCAUUUAAAUUUAUGUCGAAAUCGAACAUUAGUUGGUAUAGGAACACAUGAUCUUGAUACAAUACAACCACCAUUUAUACAUGAUGCAUGUGAACCAAAACAAAUUAAAUUUCGUUCAUUAAAUCAAAAAGAUGAAAUGCGUGCUGAUGAAAUGAUGGAAUUUUAUCUUAAAGAUACACAUCUUAAACGUUAUGUUGUUUUAUCACUUCCACCAAUUAUUAAUGGUGAUCAUAGUAAAAUAAGUCUUAAAAGAAAAAAUGUUUUUAUUGAAUGUACUGCUGUGGAUUUACAUAAAGCAAAUGUUGUACUCAAUAUAAUGGUAACAAUGUUUGCUCAAUAUUGUAGUAAACCAUUUGAAAUUGAAUCAGUGGAAGUUGAACAAGUCGAUGGAAAAGUAAUUGUAUAUCCGGAUUUAAGUGAUCGAGUUCAAGAUAUAUCAGUAAAAAAGAUUAAUCAACGUAUUGGCAUAGAAGUAGAUGCUGAAAAAACAGCAACACUUUUAAAUCGAAUGUGUCUUCAAACAAAAGUUAUUGAUUCUGAUAGAAUUCGUGUUAAUAUUCCUGUAACAAGAGCGGAUAUUCUUCAUUUUUGUGAUAUAGCUGAAGAUUGUGCUGUAGCAUAUGGUUUUAAUAAUAUUCGUAAAACUGUUCCGAAAACAAGUUGUAUUGGAAAUGAAUUUGAACUUAAUCGAGUAUCUGAUCUUCUUCGACAUUCUGUUGCAGAAUCUGGUUUUAUUGAAGCAUUAACAUUUACUUUAUAUUCAUGUCCUGAUGUAGCAGAAAAAUUUGGAAAAAAUAUUGAAAAUAUUCCUGCAAUACAUAUUGCAAAUCCAAAAACACAAGAUUUUCAAAUUGGUCGAACAUCACUUUUACCAGGUUUAUUAAAAACAAUUGCCAAUAAUCAAGAUACUGCAUUACCUAUUCAAUUGUUCGAAGUAUCUGAUGUUAUUCUCAAAGAUUCAACAGGAGAAACGGGUUGUCGAAAUGAACGACGUUUAUGUGCAAUUUUUUAUAAUAAAAUACCAGGUUUUGAAAAGAUUCAUGGUUUACUUGAUCGAAUGAUGACAUUAGUUAAAGUACCAUAUAAUGAAAAUAGAACUAAUGAUAAAGGUUAUUAUUUAAAUAAUCAAGGUGAAGAUAGUGCAUUUUUCCCUGGUCGUCAUGCACAAGUCAUUCUUUGUGGUCAAAAUAUUGGUGUUAUUGAUGUUCUUCAUCCCAAUGUUAUUGAACCAUUUGUUUGA